AGUGUGGCGGCCCCGCCCCGUCUCUUGGAACUGCUGCGGCCGCCACCGCCGCCGCCGCAGCUGCAGGGAGCCGGCGCGGGUACGCAGACGAUAGGCGUUGUGUGCCAGCUGAAAGGUGAAGACCUGACCUGAGGAAGAUCUGGUGGAACUGGAACUGGAGCAAGCAGGGUUGGGGUUCCUCGGAAAAACUAGCAUUUCCCCAGCCCACCAUGGCCGACGAAAUUGAUUUCACUACCGGAGAUGCUGGGGCUUCCAGCACUUAUCCUAUGCAGUGCUCGGCCCUGCGCAAAAACGGCUUUGUGGUGCUCAAAGGACGACCAUGCAAAAUAGUGGAGAUGUCAACUUCCAAAACUGGAAAGCACGGUCAUGCCAAGGUACACCUUGUUGGAAUUGAUAUUUUCACAGGCAAAAAAUAUGAAGAUAUUUGCCCUUCUACUCAUAACAUGGAUGUUCCAAAUAUUAAGAGAAAUGAUUAUCAACUGAUAUGCAUUCAGGAUGGUUACCUUUCCCUGCUGACAGAAACUGGUGAAGUUCGUGAGGAUCUUAAACUGCCAGAAGGUGAACUAGGCAAAGAAAUAGAAGGAAAGUACAAUGCAGGUGAAGAUGUGCAGGUGUCUGUCAUGUGUGCAAUGAGUGAAGAAUAUGCUGUAGCCAUAAAGCCCUGCAAAUAAAUGGGGACAUAAGGCAUGAGCAAACAGUUUAGGUCUGGAUCAACUGCAGAUCUAAAGUUUGGUUCUAAGUUGUCACCAAAGCUAUGGCCUUCAUAAGCAACCUCAUUUUUGUUUUUUUUAACUGUUUUGAAAUUGUGCUGGUUCAUUUUGCUGGUAGUUGGUAACUUAACCAAAAAAAAAAAAAAUCAAGAUAUAUAAUUCUUUUUUUUUUUUUAAUUUUGUGUCUUUCCUAUAACAUUCCUGUGGUUUUCAGUAUGUGAGUCCAAGAAACAUAAAGCUUCAGCAAAUGUGAUUUGUCUGAGCAAAUCAUUCCUUAAUUUUAAUAAAAUGAUAAGUUAAACCAGGGUUUUAAAAGAUAAUGUAGCAUUUGGUGGUAUUGAAAUACCACGUUUAAGUUGAAUUGCUUUGCAUUAAUUUCAAACUAAUGUCAUAGAAUACAUAAAUUAUGAUUUAAAAUUGUCAGUUUUAGCCUGUGUAUGGCAAAUACAUCUUUAAACAAAAAUCAUGUUAUUAAAAAGCGUCAGUUACCUUGGUGGUUGUGUGGAAUGAUAUACAUUACCUCGAUCAUACCAUUCUUUGCCACAUUGUUGGUAGACUUACACCUUACAUGGUGGUUUUAGUACUUGCUUGUCAUUGACAGAGGGACAUUGAGCUGUUGGAUGAAAAUGAGCAUGUUAGACUGUAAAGAAGAAAAAAAGGACAGUGGCAAAGGAGGUUGGUUAACUCUAGGUUUUGACUUGAGACCUUUGUAAUCAGCAUAAAAAAUAGAAAGUAGCUUUUUAGUUAUAUUUUUGCUUUUAACUUUUGUUCCCCUUAACCCCCUGGCACUGAAAGGACUGACCUGCUUUACAGGACACUAUGCAGUGCUUUUUUUGCAACCAUGUUGAAUAAGUGUUGGCAUUUAUCAGUAAUUGCUCCUUUUCAACCAUUUUAAAGUAUUUUUUUGACCUUAAACUAUUACUUAGACUAAAACUGGGAAUUCUUAAAUUGAGUUGGAAUUCUUAACUUUAUAUUGAUUUGUUAAAUGUAUGCAUAUUUUUUCUAAAGUGAAAUGAAAGUCAAUCAUGGAAGAAAUGUUACUUUAUUUAAAAUUAUUAUUUAACUUUUAAGUAUAUGUAUUUUUUCUGUUUUCUGUCUUAAUUCAGUACUGAUGUAAAAUAGAACUAGGAAAGAAUUAUAUAAGCCAAAUUAUUUUUUAAAGAAGUGUUUCAAGUGACAUAACUGCACUUCCAUUUUUUUUAGAUCAUUCUGUCACACACACACACACACACACACACACGUGUGUGUAUCACACACACAGGAGUAUAUGUACUCAUUCCAAAUUUACUUGUUCCGAAAUAAGACAUCAUUAUAGAGUUUGUGAAGACCUUUAACUCAAUAGUAAUGAUUAUAUUGGAGUGGAAAUCAUUUAUCUCAGUAAUGCCUUGAUUCUCUAAGACAAGUUCUGAGAUCUCUCCCAUCAUGCCUUGACCUCGAAGGGCUUUGUUCCUAUCAUCUAAAGAAAAAUAUAUAUGAUGAUGUAACUGAUCUAAUCAGUGACUAGAAAGAGUGUUAGGAACAUAAGAUCUCCAAAUUUUAGUUGCUUAAUUUGUACACACUUUAAAAUCUUGUCUUGGCCUCAGCAAACCCAGUUAGACAAGAAGCAAGAUACUUUUAAGAGAAGUGCAAGGAAGAGGAUUCUAAAGCACAAGAAAUAUUGAGGUGUUAUAGUAAUUGAUUUUAGUAUGACAUUAGCUUUUGCCCAUCCAAAGCACAAUUAGGAAUUAGGCUAAAUUCUUUCCAGUAUGCUAUUUAAGUAUCUACUACAUAUUGCUCUAGUUUUUGUAGUUCUAUAAUCUCUAAUGUGUAUCUUACUUGCUACUGGUUGACAUUACCCACAGGAAUUCCAGAAAGUUAUUAAUCUGUGCUGCUUGCUGGUCAUUCAUCUGGUCCCACUUAGCCAUACUAGAGUUCUGAUUUAGUAUUAGUUCUGGAUUAGCAUGCCCUUGUUCUUUUCCUAAUUUGUCAAAUUUCACAUAAAUAUGUUUUCAAUUGUGAUAUAAGUAUGUACAAAUGAUAAUAAUGCAUCUCUAUCUCCAUACCUUGAAUGGCAAAAGUUAUUUAUGCAUAAGUAUUGCAUUUUAAAUACUAUAUGAAGUGUAAAUACUCUAACAUAAUUAUAUAGAUUUUAAAGAUAUGGGACUGUUUAUUUUCACAUAAGUCAAUAGAUGUUUCUCUAGAACAAAAUAUUUCAUUUAGUAAAGCUUUAUAAAUUGUAUUAAAAGGAAGCAGGGAACAUAUAUUUUUUAACAUAGAACAGAAGUGACUUCAUUCUUUUUUGACGUCAGAGAAAUGUUAAAAGUUGAUUCCUACUAUUUGUUGUACUUUUUUGUAGCACAAUGUUAAAUAUCACAAGUUACCAUGUGCAGAAUAUAAAUUGUCAUGUUGAUAGAUUAAACAAUGAUAUACCAUUUUUGUCUGUACACAUUUCACCACUUUAUAGACAGUAUUAACAGGUUUCUUUCUAAGACAACAUGUUUUAUUUCUACUGUGAAGACUUUGUUACACCUUAUUUGCUACAAAGUUGUAUACUCUCUGACAGAUUCAAAUCAUUGCUGCUUUGACUCAGCAUUUGCACCAUAACAUAAUUGUGAUAUUCUUUCAUGCUCCCCUCCAAGGGCUGUCAGUCACUUGAAGAAAUUGUUGCUAAUGAAGCUCUUGAUUCAGUUUCCCUUAAUGGUACAAAUUUCUGUACCAUGCUUUAUAUUGAUUACCAAAACUCCUGCAGCCAGACCAUGAUAUCUUUAACAGGAGAUGCUGCAAUAAAAUGUUUAGGCUAUAAAACUUGGGGACACAAUUUUUCAUUACAGCACAAUGUGAAUGUGUACAUGUGCACACAUAGCUUUGUAUGUUUGUUCUUUUUCCAAAGUCUUUCCCACUAUUAAAAGUACUGUAGUCUGGUAGUGCCUCAAAUGUUGGUAACUUUUAAAUUUUAAUUUACAACUUUUCCAGAAUUUGUUUUUGUACUUUAAGGUUUCUCAAUUAGAUUGUUUCUAGUUGAGCUGUAAUUUGAAUGCAUUAUUCUCAGGGCUGUUUGUGCUUAGAGCUGAAGUUUUAUUAUUUAAAGCUAACUGCCUGAAAGUAUAUUGCAAACUAUUCCCAAAUUGUAACACUGUACUACAUACAUAUAAAAAAUCCUUAAUAUCCACAUAUUUAAACUACAUGCUAGGUAGUUAAGAAAAAUGGAAUAUUAGUAGCAGUUUUACUGAAAUCUUGCCAUAUUUUCCAUUUUAGAACAGAAUUGGGUGGUCUUAUCUUAGAGCCCUAAUCUUAGAAAUAUUUGAUAGCAUUCCUUUGGCAUGGACCCCAAAGAUGGUUUUAGAGCCAAACAUUUAUGUAGUGGUUCUCAAACAUAUUUAGGGAUAAUAGACUGAAAAUUCAUAAUGCUCUUUUGGGUACCUUAAAAUGUUUACAUACUGAAUUCUAUAAUAUUGACUAGGAAUACAUUUCCUGUGAGAAAAUAUGGCUCUUAAGCAGUAUAAGAGCAAAAAUAUAAGCAUAUUUCCAUAAACAAGUAGGUUGUACUUAUAGUUCUGAUAGUUUCAAAUUCUCCAAUAUUAUCUAGACAUAUUUCAUAGGUUUCAUGCUUAUUUUUUUCCCUGCUAGCAUUCAGACAAUAGGCAACAAAGAUUUAAGAAAAAUUUAUAGUGAAAAAUCCUAAAAUUGAGAAAAUUCAAUCUAUUAACUUUGAUCUAUUAAAUUUUUUCCUCUGAAUUGGGUAUAUGGCAUCAUUAUUUGAUUUUAGCAGGGAACAUUUGGAUUUAGUUUACAGAACACAGAUGUUCUGUGGGAACAUGGCUUAAAGUCACUUUAUAAUUUAAUCUUUUUCUAUUAAAUAAACAUCUGAACACCAACUUAACUACCAAGUGAGGUCAAGUGCCUGAAAAGUGCUGUAUACAUCUAAUAAACAUUUUUUUCUUUAUGUGAAAGAUGCAUCUUAAAGCAAUGCAAACCAAGCUUUCACCUGCGAGAAAAUACUUUUGCCAAACCUUGUCAUUCACCACUAGAUCCUUCUCUUUUCAACAGUUUGAAACCUAUUUUACCAUAAAAAAAAAGAGAUUAUCUGAUUUAUUUGAAGUCCCUAAAACUAUUUCCUGUUAUUGGUAGAAUUAGUUUUAUCUUAGUUUAAGAAUGCACUUUUUAAAAAACCCUGGACACUAAACUGUAUUCAGCAAUGUCUGAGCAGCUUGUCAAGUUAGUUGUGAUCUUUCUUGAGAAAAAUUUAUUGUGGUUAAUAUCUACUAUGAGCACUCUUUUGCUUAUUAUGAAUCAUAAUGAAAAUUGCUAGUUCUAUACUAAUAUAAUGAAAAUGACUAGUUCUGUAAUCAAUUUAUGUACUUUUGUCCUCCUACCCCUAAACAAAAUAGUUGAAACUGCAUUAUCUAAUCAGUUGGCACUUUAUUAGUAAUACAUUUUAUUUGUAUUAGAUAUAGAAGAACUCUUGCUUUUACUUGCAGAGACUCAAAUGUUUUCGCCAAAACUUUAAAAUUGUAAAAUAUGUAGUAUGAAUAUUAUAAUUGUGUAUUUUACAUUUCAAAAAUGGGUAAAAUCCACUUGUGAAGUCUUUGGCUAUACUAAAAUAUCCUUUAAAAUGUAGAUGGUAAACAUCAGUUAUAACAUUUUGUUACCUUAAGAUAUAUUUGUCUGUUAACUUUAUCAGUUACAUGAAAUAAAAUAAAGUUAAUUAACAGCUUGCA